ACACCGUACUAGGGUCCGAGUUGAAGAACUAUUCGCGGAUAAUGAUGCCCGAAAUCAAAGGCGAGCUCAAAUCGUUGAAGAGACGAAGUUUUCCUGGAUUCGAAGUCGGACAAGAACCAAUUACAGAAGAUACAGUAUGACCUCCAGGGCCGUGAUUCUGUCAGAAAAGCGCGAUCCUAAUCAAUAGGCAAUGGUCGCUCGCGACCCAUCUGUGAUCUUGGAUCCUCUCUUUCGAUAGAGCUUUGAUUCGAGGAAAAUGUCGAGGCUGUGGAGAUGGUACCAGAAUUGCUUGCGAGAUCAUCCCGUGAAGACGCAGGUCAUCAGCUCCGGUCUCAUUUGGGGCGUCGGCGACGUCGCUGCUCAGACCAUCACUCACUCCACGGCCAAGAGGCACCAUCAUCUUCAGGAUGAAGAAAAGGAAUUGAAGAUCAAUUGGAGGAGAGUGGUAACUACCAGCCUGUUUGGCUUUGGAUUUGUUGGACCAGUUGGCCAUUUCUGGUAUGAAGGCUUGGACCGGUUUAUAAGGUUGCGACUUCUAAUGCAACCUAACUCUUUGCGUUUUGUCUCUGCCAAAGUAGCAAUUGACGGGUUCCUCUUUGGGCCAUUGGAUCUACUCAUCUUCUUCACGUACAUGGGUUUAUCUGCCGGAAAGAGUGUUCCUCAAGUUAAAGAAGAUGUCAAGAGGGAUUUUCUUCCUGCCCUGAUUCUGGAGGGAGGCAUCUGGCCGAUUGUUCAAGUGGCUAAUUUCCGAUUCAUACCUGUUAGGUAUCAACUCCUCUACGUCAAUUUCUUCUGCUUGUUAGAUAGCUGCUUCUUGUCAUGGAUGGAGCAACAAGAGGAUGCUCCUUGGAAAGAGUGGUUGAAGUCUUUGAUACCAUUAACUAAUGAGAAAGACAAAGGUGGAUGAUUGCCAUUCGAGAUAUUGAGUUUCCUGAUCCUUCUUUCAACAGAUAUGUAGGUGUAAAGCAGAAAAAUCCGGUACGUCAACUUGUAUUGUGAGAGUUGGAACAUAUGAGUGGCGGAAUGAAUCGUAGUAGAGUUGUGAGGAGAUGGUAUAGUAUAUAUUGUUGUCAUUUCUGCUAAACUUUCAAGAUUCUUUCAUUGGAGGGCAAUCGUGCUGAUUUA